GGAAGCUGCGUUCAAAAAGUCCGCCUCUCCGUCCCGCUCUGCUGGGAGCUUUUCUGGUUGGUCGCCAGCAUCGUCCCGCUCCUCUCCGCGGACAUAUAAAGCAGCUUUCAGCCGCUGCUGGUCACAUUUUCUCGAGUCUCGUCUCCAGAAACAAGCAGCAACGAAAUGAGUGGCCGCGGAAAGACCGGAGGAAAAACCCGAGCGAAGGCCAAGACCCGCUCCUCUAGAGCCGGACUCCAGUUCCCGGUGGGCCGCGUUCACAGGCUGCUGCGCAAAGGCAACUAUGCGGAGCGGGUCGGUGCCGGAGCCCCCGUCUACCUGGCCGCUGUGCUCGAGUAUCUGACCGCUGAGAUCCUGGAGCUGGCUGGGAACGCCGCCCGCGACAACAAGAAGACCCGCAUCAUCCCCCGUCACCUGCAGCUGGCCGUCCGCAACGACGAGGAGCUCAACAAGCUGCUGGGUGGAGUCACCAUCGCUCAGGGUGGAGUGCUGCCCAACAUCCAGGCGGUGCUGCUGCCCAAGAAGACCGAGAAGGCCGCCAAGGCCAAGUAAACCUGCUGCUGCUCAGCAACAAACACACAACGGCUCUUUUAAGAGCCACACACUCCUUCAUCAUGAGAGUUUUGCUUCCAACCAAAAACACUAAAAACUCUGUUUAUAUUCUUCACUAUUUUAAUGUUUAAUUGUUGCUCAUUUCAUAAACUUGCUGAUCUUAGACCUGAAAUCAGAGACACGUUUUAUGUCAAACUUUUAAAUCAUCAAAGCAAAAACUGUAGAUCAUCAUAAAAUAGUUUAAUCUGCUCAACAAAACUUGACCUCUAGUUGAACAUCAGCAGUUCUCUUAACUUUUAUUUCACUCUGUAAUAUAACAGUUAUUACACAUUUUCCUAAUUUAAACUUUCAG